UGAAAAUAAGGCGUGGUUUCAAGACCACGCCUAUUUUCUGAUUGUGGAAAAGAGGUGCGGCCUCAACUGUGAUUGUUUUGUAAUGUUCUUUCUCCGCUUUCUGUGCUUGACAGAUAAUAACGUUGACAUUGACAGUUGAAGUUUCCUUCUAUUUUCCUUUUUAGUGCUUUUCGAAAGCAAAAAUGGGCAAAGUAAAAUGCUCCGAAUUGCGAACCAAGGACAAAAGGGAGCUGACCAAACAGCUCGAGGAGCUCAAAACAGAGUUGACGAGCCUUCGGGUGGCAAAAGUGACUGGAGGAGCACCUUCUAAACUGUCCAAAAUCCGAGUGGUCCGCAAAGCUAUUGCCCGUGUGUACAUUGUAAUGCACCAAAAGCAAAAGGAGAACCUUAGGAAGCUGUACAAAAACAAGAAAUACAAGCCAUUGGAUCUGAGGCCAAAGAAGACCCGUGCUAUCAGACGCGCCCUGUCUUCCCAUGAACAGAAGAUCAAAACAGUGAAAGAGAUCCGCAAACGGUCCGCGUUCCCGCCCAGGAAAUACGCACUUAAAGCUUAAGUUGUAGAACUUGGUAAAAUAAAAUAUUUGUUAAAAAUACGUAUUUUCUUUGUUAAAGGGUUGUGAUGAUUUUAAUCAAUUGACAUUUUCAAUUUCUA